CCUCGCAGCGCGCUGCACCCGGGAGGGCUGGGCGGGGCUCACUGCUCUGCCUGUCUCCCCAGUGGCGCUGGCCGAGGUCAUCAAGGCCUUCGGCUCCCCGGAGAACGCGCAGCGCAUGGAGGAGGCCCGGGACAACGCCUGCAACGACAUGGGCAAGAUGCUGCAGUUCCUGCUGCCCGUGGCCACCCAGAUCCAGCAGGACGUGAUCAAAGCCUACGGCUUCAGCAGCGAUGGGGAAGGUGUCCUGAAAUUUGCCCGACUGAUAAAAUCUUAUGAGUCCCAGGAUCCUGAGAUUGCAAACAUGUCUGGGAAGCUAAAAGCCAUGUUCCUGCCUCCAAUGACACUGCCCCCACACGGGGCUGGGACAGGGGGUGUGCCUGUCUCCUGAAAACCGGGACCCUCUGCUGGCCUUCUUGGGCCAAGUCAUGCCACACUACAUGCCUGUGAGAGUUUUUGACAAGUGGGAUUCCAGGACUGCUCUCCACCACUCAUCAGUGUGCUACAGUUUGCCAGAAGAGCCCCCUACUUCUUGGAAACUCUGCAGCAAUUGGUUUCUUUGUGCAUCUUUGUUUUUUGAGCUUGUGAAUAAAAGCUGCUUUGAAAAUGUC